ACGUAAAAAACUGAAAUUAGAAUGAACUAGUCUUCUUUCUGAUAGUCCUGAGAUCAGAGCUGUUCAGUUUUUACAAAAACAACGUUCGUUUCUCGUGGAAAUUUGGAUUUUUUGUGAAGAUUGGCCCUUGCAGUUUCUAAAGGAAUCAGUUUAUCUCCUUAUCGUCAAGACUAUUGGCAUUCGUAAUUUACAAAGUAGUCAUUUUUGUCAUAAUAACUUAGUUUAAAUUUUAGUGAGUACUGUUUGAGUUUUUAUAAGUGAUAAUUACAAUUUCCUUAGGAGCAGUUUCGCCCCUCCUCGUUGCCAAUCGUAGAUUCAAAGAAGCAUUUUGGUUUUGCAAAAUCAACUAACAUUGACUUUCAUUAUUUAAUAAAGAAUUGAUUUGCAGCCAUAGCUGGCAUAUAUAACAGCUACAAUACCAUGCCUAAUAAAACUCGUUUUCUGAACUCCACCGCUCUUAUGCGUUUAAAGAGAGAGGAUGAACUUGAACGACUUGAGAGAUUAUCGGCUGAGUGCAGUGCAAUGCAAAAAGGCAUCAACAUAUCUGAUUCAUUUUCCGGGACAAGUUUUGGAUUAGCUUUGUUAUCCGUCGCAACAGUAUUUCCAGUAGUGGGCGCCGUGUUGGGUGGCGUUUUGAUCGGAUCGGCCGUUGCCAAACGUUUACUUGGGAACACCAUGGUUGAAAAAGGUUGCUCUGAUAUUCCUAUGAAACAACUGGAGGCAAAGUUAAACAGAAAAAUUCAUGAGAUCAAUCGGAAGUUAGAUCAGCAAACGGAAGUUUUAAAGGAUAUUUCUGAAAAAGUCAGCGAGACACUUUCCGAAGUAGAAGAUAUGAGGAAAGAAAUGAAAGAAGGUUUUCUACUCACGAUAACAUUUAUGAAAGAACUUGAUGCCAGCCAUCCCAUUUCAGUUAUCAAAACUGCGGCUGCGUCUGUUUCAUUUAGUGACAAUAAUAAGGUGCAGGCUAACAGAGAGCAGUACACAAAUAUAAUGAUACAGGAAAUAGCCGAAGGUUUUUUCUACAGUUAUAUAAAACCGCAAGGAGCUCUGUACGAGGCUUUGUUUUCGAUCAUUAACAGAAACAAUGCUAAGCCGGAAAGUAUUAACGAUCAAAAUGCUUAUAAUGCUUUAUCUGCUCUGAGUUUCGGUACUCUGACUUAUGUUUCUAUUUUCCUUUCCCUAAUUGAUCAGUACACAUAUGUAGCGGAGUACUCCUAUGAAGCACGUGAUCUGGAUAAAUUUAACGAGAAUCUCGAUCGCCUCUUAUUUUACUUCCCUUAUUUUCAAGUCAUAAUCAACAAAAAUUCGGAAGGUUUAAUCGACAAAGUUAUCGGUAUUCUAAAAUAUGCAAAAGACAAGCACAAUUUGGUGAAUCUAAAUUAUGAUUUGUACCAAAGCUUUCAGAGACAAAUAGACACGCUGCUGCAGUUUAAAAAGAACGUUACGGAGAUGACGCUACCAGUCCUUACUGUCACACCCGUUAAUGAUAUCGAUAUCAAUUUCAGCUCAUAUACAGACGGCCAACGUAGCACUACUGAUUUUUUAGACUGGAAAAAGGGUUCUAAAGUAAGUUACGCUUUGCAAUAUGAAAAGGAUGGUAAAUUUUCCAAAGUAAGCAGUUGGGUUUCACAAGAGGUGAUGAACCUCGCCAACCCUAAGAUCGAGUUGAGAACAAUGCAUGAAACCAAUCGACUCAUUUUCCGGAAAUUCGGCAACAAUCCCCCCGAACUGAUACGCAUCGUUUCGGGUCAGAGUUUGAGCUUCAGAGACAUCGACAGAGACUUGUACAACUUGGUAUUUAAGAAAUCAUACGACGACGAAGAAAUACUAGACCGCAUGUUGACACUUAUAAGAUUUGGUGCUAAUAUGAAAGCGGAAUUUGAGAACGAAAGAAACGUGAUGCACGCAGCAGCUGAAGUGGGUCGAGUCGUUUUACUCCCAAAAAUCAUAGACCAUUCUGAUGAAUCUAUUGUGAAUAAGAAGGAUUCAUUCGGUUUGACACCGCUUCAUUUAGCAGCACAGAACAAUAAAGCGGAGUUUCUGAAAGAGCUGAUCGAACAAAAUGCUGAUGUCAAUGCAAAGACAGAUCAGUUCAAUCUGACACCCCUUCAUGUGGCAGUACGUUACCAGUGUGAGAAAUGCGUCGAUUAUUUAUUGUCCAGUAAAGGUAUUAGACCUAAUGAUUCAGAUAAGGGAGGAAAAACUCCACUGCACAUUGCUGUCUCGGAUAAUUCACUGAGUCCAAAAAUUGUUGAGAAAUUAGCCAACGAUCCCAAGGUAGACGUCAACGCGAAAGAUAGUUUAGGGUUGACGCCUUUGCAUACAGCAGUGCUCUUAAAUUCCACAAAGAACUUUUUCAACCUUAAGCCGAGAAAAGACCUCGACCUCUGGGCAACAGAUAACAAUAACAUGACAGCACUCCACUAUGCAGCAAUGAAUGGGUUUAUUGGACCACUUUCAGGCAUUACCAUAACAGAUACAAAAGGCUUAAAUGAGGCUGUUACAGACAGAGAUUGGACCCCAUUACAUUUCGCUGCGUACUUCAAACAUGAAGAAAUCGUUUCCUUGCUGGUGCGUUCGCUAGAAACGAAAGACAAAAUAAAGACAGACCUGCCAGAUGCAGACUUGCAGACGCCCCUACACUUGGCUGCUGCAAGUGGUGCACAAGACGCCGUUAGAAAUUUAAUAUUCCCCGGCCAAGCGAAAGUUUAUAAGAAGACUGCCCAAUGCUACACACCUCUUGAUCUUGCUCUUCUUAAUAGGCAAGAAGAAACGGUUAAAGAAAUACUCACAUGGGAACGGGAGUUUACUCAACAAAUGGAAAAUGGUUCAUAUGUAGCGGAUCUAGAUCCACUUGCUUGUGGAAUAGCUAGCACUAAAAACAUUCUGUGGGAAUAUUUGGUGGAACGUGAGCGUUGCGAGCGUCGUAAAGCCUACCCUUGGCGCUCCGCCGGUGAUUGUGGGAAAAAGGAAAAGAGAUCUCCUAGAGAAGAAGAAGAAAAAGAUGGACACUUUUAUUUUCAGAAUUUCUCAAAAGAAAAUGAUUAUCAAACGAAAGCAAAAAUCUCAAAUGAUUCUUUCAAGUCCAAUGAGGAAUUGGGCAUUAAAAAAUAUAAUGUUUUCGAGAAUGCAGAUGUAAAUGGUGCACUACUGCUGUUGGAUUUGUUUAUGCGAAAGUACAGAAAUGAAAAAUUCACCCCAGAAUUGCAAAAUUUAAGCUCUCCCUUCGACGAAAGAGUGCAAGCGCUGAAAAUGACUGAAAAGUUAGAAAAAGUGCUCUCUGCAAUAAGUUCUGAGAAGAAUAUGGAAGAUUUAGAUUUCUUAGAUGUCCAUUCGAAGUUAUAUAAAGCUAUCACGAGUCGUGAUGGGCGCCGAAUCGUGAAUAUUUUAUGUUCAUUCAUUGAAGAGUAUUCAUCCCUCACUCCUGAUGAGGUCCAACAAGUUUUGACAGAAGUUACAUUCGAUGAACCUGAAACAAUAUUUCCAGAGAAACAGGCUAACUUGAAGCGCUUCAUUGAACAAUCCUGCUACAAUAACAAACGUUUCCUGACUGAAUUAACUGACUUUUAUACAGCUACAACUAUGUCAAUUAAAAUUAAUUUUCAAAACUCGAGUGCGCUGAUGCGUAUGAAGAGGGAAGAUGAAAUGGCAGAACUUGAAAGACUAUCAGCUUGGUGCAACAAACUGCAGAAGGGUUCGAAUGCUGCAGAUGCUGCAACUUCAGCAGCCUUUGGUGUGGGGAUGUUAACCCUUGCCACAGCUUUGCCCGGUGUUGGCGCUCUUUUGGGAGGUGUUCUGAUAGGAGCUGGCAUCGGCAAGCGUAUGAUGGGCGACGCAAUGGUGGAUAAAAAUUGUUCUGAUCUUCCUAUGAGAAAAAUGGAAGUAAGGAUGAAUAGAAAAAUUCAUGACAUCAAUCGGAAGUUAGAUCAGCAAACGGAAAUUUUAAAGGAUAUUUCUGACAAAGUCAGCAAGACUCUUUCUGACAUACAAGAUAUGAGGAAAGAAAUGAGCGAAGGUUUUCUGCUCACGAUAAAAACCAUGAAAGAGCUCGACACCAGUCAUCCCAUUUCAGUCAUUAAAACCGUGAGUGCAUCCAUUGCAUUUAGUGAAAAUAAUAAACUGCAGGCUAGCAAACAGCAAUACACGAAUGUAAUGAAACAGGAAAUAGCCGAAGGGUUUUUCUACAGUUACAUAAAACCGCAAGGAACCUUGUACGAGGCUCUGUUUUCUAUCAUUAACAGAAAUACUGCUAAGCCGGAAAGUAUUGACGAUCAAAAUGCUUAUAAUGCUUUAUCUGCCCUCACUUUCGGGACUCUGACUUAUGUGUCCAUUUUCUUGUCUCUAAUUGAUCAGUACACAUAUGUAGCAGAAUACUGUUAUCAAAAAAAUGACCUGGAAAAUUUUAACGAGCAUCUUGACCGUCUCUUAUUUUACUUCCCAUUUUUCGAUGUUAUCAUCAAUAAAAGUAAUGAAGGUUUAAUUGACAAAGUCGUUGAGAUAUUAAGUUAUGCGAAAGACAACCACGGCGUGGGGUGGAUCAGCGUAGAAUUAUACGAUACCAUCCAGAGCCAAAUAAACACGCUGCAACAGUUUAAAAAGAACAUUACGUCCAUGUCUUUACCUGUUAUUAAAGAUCCCCCGGUAAAUGAUAUCGAUAUCAAUUUCGACGCAUAUGACGUGUUUCAACGUAGCACUACUGAUUUCUUAGACUGGAAGAAAGGUUCCAAAAUAAGUUACGCUUUGCAAUACGAAAAGGAUGGUAAAUAUUCUAAAGUUAGCAAUUGGGUAUCAGAGGAGGUGAUGAGCGUUGCUAACCCUAAGAUUGAGUUGAGAAAUACGGACGAAAUGAAUCGACUCGUUUUCCGAAAAUUCGACAACAACCCUCCCGAAUUGAUACGCAUCGUAUCGGGAGACAGCUUAAGCUUCAGAGACGUCGACAGAGAUUUGUACAACUUGGUUUUCAAACGAUCCUACAACGACGAAGAAAUGGUUGACCGCAUGUUUCAACUUAUUAGGUUCGGUGCGGACCUAAAAGCAGAAUUUGAGAACAAAAGAAACGUGAUGCACGCAGCAGCUGAAGCUGGUAGAGUCGUUUUACUGACAAAAAUUAUAGACUAUUCUGAGGAAUCUCUUGUGAAUAAAAAGGAUGCAUUUGGCUUGACGCCUCUCCAUGUAGCAGCAGAGAACAAUAAAGCAGAAUUUGUGAAAGCGCUGAUCGAACAAAAUGCUGAUGUCAACGCAAAAACGGAUGACUUCAAUUCGACACCCUUACACUUAGCAGUGCGUUGGAAGUGUGAGAAAUGCGUCGAAUAUUUAUUGUCCAGUAAAGAUAUAAGACCUAAUGACUCUGAUAGCGGAGGAAAAACUCCGCUGCACAUUGCCGUCUCGGAUAAUUCGUUGAAUCCAAAAGUCGUCGAUAGGUUAGUCAAAGAUCCCAAUGUUGACGUCAAUGCCAAAGAUAAGUUGGGACUGACACCUUUGCACUCAGCAGUACUUUUGAAUUCUAAAAAGAACUUUUUCAACCUGGCUUCGAGAAAGAACCUCGACCUGUGGGCGAAGGACAAUAAUAACAUGACAGCACUUCACUAUGCAGCAAUGAGUGGAUUUUCUGGACCGCUUUCUGGCAUCAUUCAGACUGAUACUAAAGGUAUAAACGAGGCUGCAACAAGCAGAGAAUGGACCCCACUACAUUUCGCUGCUUACUUCAAACAUGAAGAAGUCAUUCACUUGCUUUUGCAUUCUAAAGAAACAAAGGACACGAUACAGGCAGACCUACCAGAUGCAGACUUGCAAACGCCGUUGCACUUGGCAGCUGCAGGUGGAGUGAAGGAAGCUGUCAAAUAUUUAAUAUCUCCUGGUCAGGCGAAAGUUUAUAAAAAAACCGCAAAAGGCUAUACGGCUCUCGACCUCGCACUUCUUUAUAAGCACGAGGAGAGUGUUAGAGAAAUUCUCACGUGGGAACGUGAUCUUAACCAACAAAUGGAAAAUGGCUCCUAUAUCGCUGAUCUAGAUCCACUAGCCUGUGGAAUAGCUCAAACAAUAUUCAUGUGGGAUCUGUGGGAUUAUUUAGUGGAACUGGGUCGCUGUAAAAAUAAUAAGCUUUACCCACUACCGAAAAAGGAAAAAAGAUCUUUUAUUUCGAUAAGAGAAAAUGUAGGAAACAAUGAACACUUUUAUUUUCAGAAUUUCUCGAAAGAAAAUGAUUAUCAACCGAAAGCAAAAAUCUCAAGUGAUUCUUUCAAGUCCAAUGAAGAUUUGGGCAUUAAAAAAUAUAAUAUUUUUUUGAAUGCAAAUGUAAAUGGUGCUCUACUUCUGUUGGAUUUGUUUAUGCGAAAGUACAGAAAUGAAAAAUUCACUCCAGAAUUGCAAAACUUACCCUCGCCCUUUGACGAAAGAGUGCAAGCUCUGAAAAUUACUGAAAAGUUAGAAAAAGUGCUCUCUGCAGUAAGUUCUGAGAAGAAUAUGGAAGAUUUAGAUUUCUUCGAUGUCCAUUCAAAGUUAUAUAAAGCUAUCACGAGUCGUGAUGGGCGCCGAAUUGUAAAUACUUUAUGUUCAUUCAUUGAAGAGUAUUCCUCACUCACUCCUGAAGAGGUUCAACAAGUUUUGACGGAAGUUACAUUCGAUGAACCUGAAACAAUAUUUCCAGAGAAACAAGCUGAUGCUAACUUGAAGCGCUUAAUCGAACAAUCCUGCUACAAUAACAAACGUUACUAAGAAUCGCAUUUCGGUACUGAAAUCAUUUUCUGUAUUUAUUAAGUUCAAUAUAUAAUUAUACUCAUUUCAAUAUUUAAUAAAUUUAAGAAUGUUCAACACUAACGUCUGAUGAGAUUAAAGUAAUUAAAAUAGUUAAGAUUAAAAUAAAUUUAAUGCGUCUUGA